AUGUAUAAUUAUAAUUGUAAGGUAUAUUUCAUAGAAAUACAUGCUACAGGAUUUAACUAUCAGAAUGAAGAUGAAAAAGUCACCUUAUCUUUUCCUAGUACUCUUCAAACAGGUACAGGAACCUUAAAGAUAGAUUUUGUUGGAGAGCUGAAUGACAAAAUGAAAGGUUUCUAUAGAAGUAAAUAUACCACCCCUUCUGGAGAGGUGCGCUAUGCUGCUGUAACACAGUUUGAGGCCACUGAUGCCCGGAGAGCUUUUCCUUGCUGGGAUGAACCUGCCAUCAAAGCAACUUUUGAUAUCUCAUUGGUUGUUCCCAAAGACAGAGUAGCUUUAUCAAACAUGAAUGUAAUUGACCGGAAACCAUACCCUGAUGAUGAAAAUUUAGUGGAAGUGAAGUUUGCCCGCACACCUGUUAUGUCUACAUAUCUGGUGGCAUUUGUUGUGGGUGAAUAUGACUUUGUAGAAACAAGGUCAAAAGAUGGUGUGUGUGUCCGUGUUUACACCCCUGUUGGCAAAGCAGAACAAGGAAAAUUUGCGUUAGAGGUUGCUGCUAAAACCUUGCCUUUUUAUAAAGAAUACUUCAAUGUUCCUUAUCCUCUACCUAAAAUUGAUCUCAUUGCUAUUGCUGACUUUGCAGCUGGUGCCAUGGAGAACUGGGGCCUUGUUACUUAUAGGGAGACUGCAUUGCUUAUUGAUCCAAAAAACUCCUGUUCUUCAUCACGCCAGUGGGUUGCUCUGGUUGUGGGACAUGAACUUGCCCAUCAAUGGUUUGGAAAUCUUGUUACUAUGGAAUGGUGGACUCAUCUCUGGUUAAAUGAAGGCUUUGCAUCCUGGAUUGAGUAUCUAUGUGUGGACCACUGCUUUCCCGAGUAUGAUAUCUGGACUCAGUUUGUUUCUGCUGAUUACACCCGAGCCCAGGAGCUUGAUGCCUUAGAUAACAGUCAUCCUAUUGAAGUCAGUGUGGGCCAUCCAUCUGAAGUUGAUGAAAUAUUUGAUGCUAUAUCAUAUAGCAAAGGUGCAUCUGUUAUUCGAAUGCUGCAUGACUACAUUGGGGAUAAGGACUUUAAAAAAGGAAUGAAUAUGUAUUUAACCAAGUUUCAACAAAAGAAUGCUGCCACAGAGGAUCUUUGGGAAAGUUUGGAAAGUGCUAGUGGCAAACCUAUAGCAGCUGUGAUGAAUACCUGGACCAAACAAAUGGGAUUCCCUCUCAUUUAUGUGGAAGCUGAACAGGUAGAAGAUGACAGAUUACUGAGAUUGUCUCAAAAGAAGUUCUGUGCCAGUGGACCAUAUGUUGGAGAAGAUUGUCCUCAAUGGAUGGUUCCCAUCACAAUCUCUACUAGUGAAGACCCCAAUCAAGCCAAACAAAAAAUUCUAAUGGAUAAGCCAGAAAUGAAUGUGGUUUUGAAAAAUGUCAAGCCAGAUCAGUGGGUGAAGUUGAAUCUGGGAACAGUUGGCUUUUAUAGGACCCAGUAUAGCUCUGCCAUGCUUGAAAGUUUAUUACCAGGCAUCCGUGACCUUUCUCUGCCUCCUGUGGAUCGACUUGGAUUACAGAAUGACCUCUUUUCCUUGGCUCGAGCUGGAAUCAUUAGCACUGUAGAGGUUCUAAAAGUCAUGGAAGCUUUUGUGAAUGAACCCAAUUACACUGUAUGGAGCGACCUGAGCUGUAACCUGGGGAUUCUCUCAACUCUCUUAUCCCACACAGACUUCUAUGAGGAAAUCCAGGAGUUUGUGAAAGAUGUCUUUUCACCUAUAGGGGAGAGAUUGGGCUGGGACCCCAAACCUGGAGAAGGUCAUCUAGAUGCACUCUUAAGGGGUUUGGUUCUGGGAAAACUAGGAAAAGCAGGACAUAAGGCAACAUUAGAAGAAGCCCGUCGUCGGUUUAAGGAUCAUGUGGAAGGAAAACAGAGUCUCUCUGCUGAUCUGAGGAGUCCUGUCUAUCUGACUGUUUUGAAGCAUGGUGAUGGCACUACCUUAGACAUUAUGCUAAAGCUUCACAAACAAGCUGAUAUGCAAGAAGAGAAAAACCGAAUUGAACGAGUCCUUGGGGCUACUCUUUCACCUGAACUGAUUCAAAAAGUCCUCACUUUUGCACUUUCAGAAGAGGUACGUCCACAGGAUACUGUGUCUGUAAUUGGUGGAGUAGCUGGAGGCAGCAAGCAUGGAAGGAAAGCUGCUUGGAAGUUUAUAAAAGACAACUGGGAAGAACUUUAUAAUCGAUACCAAGGAGGUUUCUUAAUAUCCAGACUAAUAAAGCUUUCAGUUGAGGGAUUUGCAGUUGAUAAAAUGGCUGGAGAAGUUAAGGCUUUCUUUGAGAGUCACCCAGCUCCUUCAGCUGAGCGUACCAUCCAGCAGUGUUGUGAAAAUAUCCUGCUGAAUGCUGCUUGGCUCAAGCGAGAUGCCGACAGUAUCCAUCAGUACCUCCUUCAGCGGAAAGCCUCACCACCAGCAGUGUGAACCCGGAGUGUGAGCAAGCCACUGCUGCAGUUUUGCUGCUUCCCUGCAGGGAUAAGGUGGAGCCACGGAACAGCUGAUUCAUAUGCCAAGAAUUUGGAGUCUUCUUUAAAACCAGUGGGGGUUGGACAAUGAAUGUAGUUAACGGGUUCCUGCUCACACUCCAGAAUUGAAUACUAUUGAAAAAGGAAAAUCAGCAAUUCAGCAAAAAAUAAAAAUGUAAAUAUGAUAGUAAUAAAAUAGAGCAUAAUGAAACUGUGAAACUUCCUGAAGCCUUGUCAGUGGUUCAAAGUAUUUAACACUCUCCUGCUAAUGACAGAUGUUGUUUUUAUAACCUACCAAAAGGAAACUAGAGGCUUCUGGGGAAGAGGAAUUUUGUGAAGUGGGUUCUGCAAGCAGCCUACAACCCCAGAUAAUGUGCAUUGCUGGAAAUAGCUAAACACAAAAGGCUGACAAGGAGGUAUUACAUAGUCGGAGUCUGUGUAUAAAUUACAAGUGGGUUUUUGUUUUGUUUUGUUUUGAGGGGAAAGGGCAUGGGGUCUGACCAGGAAGAUACCUUUUCCUGUAUAACUCAGUUUGAACCAAGGAUUGUAGUUUUCCUCCUCGCCUCCCUUCUGUGUGACCCCUCUUGCCCCCCCCCCCAAAAAAAAA